AUGACCGAUUCUGAAACAAGUGUGCUCUCGAGUGUCCAGACAUUGAUGGGUGGUUUGAUCGACUACGCGGGGCUGUUCCCUCCGAGUCAACUCCCGAUGAAUCGAGCAACAGAGAACUACGCGAAGUAUCUCCGCGCUCAGCACGCGGACUUUGUCGGACGCUUCAUCUGUCCGGUUCCGAAGCUCGAUGAGCUGACGAAGCACGGCGCGAUGCUCAUGCCUGGCACGCACGCGACGAGUGGGUAUCGCGAGCACGCGGAUGUGCUGGAGCCUUGGCAGAUUUCGGGGAUCAUCAUCGGUGAUCUGCAAGAGAACCUCGAGUUGAUCUACAAGUUCAACGAGCACCACGACGAUGAGGCGCACGGCUUGGCAUUGGUAGAUGCGAUCGAGAUGCGUGUGAGUACUCCGGAUGAGAUUGACGACGCUCUGGAGAUUAUUCCGGAGAUGAUCGACACAGCUUUCGAGGUUCCUCAGGACAUCAUCAUGAACGGCGAUCCACGCGGGCUCAUCGCGGCGAUGUCGGGAUCGGGAGUCCUCGCGAAGAUCCGCUGCGGCGGGGUGGAACCAAGCAUGUUCCCGAGUUGUGAGAACAUCGCGGAGUUCAUGCUCGCGUGCAAGAACGCCAAUGUGCCGUUUAAGUGCACUGCGGGAUUGCAUCACCCGAUCCGUGCGGAGCAUGCGCUGACCUACGAGGACGACGCGCCGCGCGGUGUGAUGCACGGCUUUAUCAAUGUGUUCUUUGCGGCGGCGUAUGUCCGCGCAACGAAGAAACCGGAGCUGGGUACAGUUGUUGGGAUUCUGGAAGAGAUGGAUCCCAAGGCGUUUGUUUUCGAGGAUCAGAGUGUUACGCACAAGGGGACGAAAGUCUCGACGAUCGAGCUCGGACAGAUGCGUGAGGGAUUCGCGACGAGCUAUGGGAGCGAUGGGACUGCUUUGAGCGAUCAAACAAACGAAUCUGUUUCCAAACCAGCGCGGUUUUUCUACGGCUGGGUGAUGCUGGGCGUCGCGGUGCUGAUGGCGAUGGCGACGAUGCCCUCGCAGACGGUGAUCGUGUCUCUGUUUAAUCUGUCGUUUCGUGAGAAGCUCGGAUUGAGCGUGGCACAGCUCUCGCUCGCGUACACGGUCGGGACGAUCAUCGCGGCAUUCCCGUUGUCUUGGGUGGGGAAAGCCGCGGAUAAGUUUGGGAUUCGGAUUGUCGCGGCGGUGAUUCUGAUUCUGUACGCGAUGGCGCUGAUCGCGCUCAACUGGGCGACAGGGAUCAUCACGCUGGGGAUUGGGUUCUUCUGUAUCCGAUUCCUCGGACAGGGAUCGCUUGGGAUGCUCAGCGGACACACGAUCGCGAUGUGGUUUGAGCGCAAGCUCGGCAUGGCGCAUUCGGUGCUCGCUGUGGGUGGGUUUGCGCUGGGGUCCGCGAUUCUUCCCAAACCUGUCGCGUGGAUGAUCGGGGAGUUUGGUCCAUCGCAGACGAUGCUGUAUCUGGGGAUUGGCGUGGUCGUCGUUCUGAUGCCUUUGAUCGUGUUUGUGUUUCGCAACAAACCCGAGGACAUCGGUCAGCAUCUGGACGGCGAUGCAUCGGAGCACCUGUAUCAUGAUGUCGCGCACGGCGGGAGUGCUCCGAUCGGGGAUCCUGCGUUCACAGCAGCACAAGCUCGCGCGACGCUCUCGUUCUGGAUUCUGCUCACGCUCUCGUGUACUUCAGGGUGCAUCGGAACGGCGCUGCUGUUUCAUAUGCAAGAGAUCAUCCGUGUCGGCGGUGCUGAAGGCACAGAAGCACAAGCAGCUGGCGCGAAUCAGAUGUGGGCGAUCAGCUUUGGUUUGGGGAUGCUUUGCACAGGCUGGCUCGCGGAUAAGUUUCGAGCGCGUGUCUUGCUCCCGAUUGCCCCCUUCCUGAUGAUGCUUGGAUCGUUGGUGUGCUGGUAUGGAGCGACUGGACGCACUGCGGAUGUGGUUUUCACGAUGAAGGUCGGCAUGCUGAUCUAUGGCUUGGGGAUGGCGGUCUCGGUCGCGGUUGGAUCUCCGGCGGUGGCGCGAUUCUUUGGACGCACGCACCACGGUGCGAUCCGCGGAUUUAUGACGAGUUUCGGGGUGGCGGCGACUGGACUGGCGCCGUAUCUCGCUGGGAAGUGGUACGAGCUUGCGGGCGAGGAUUUCGGUCCGGUGCUGUUGAGCUUUGCGAUCUGGUGUGUGCCGUUGAUGUUCGCGACGGCUAUGCUCAAGAGACCGACUCCGCCGGCUACACAUGAUCCCAAACUCGAGUCUUGGGUGGAGAGCGCGAACGAUCCCUCGACGGACUUCCCGAUCCAGAAUCUCCCGCUCGCGACGGUGAUUCGCCGUGUUGAGGAUUCGGAGACUGGUGAUGAGUUCACGCUUUCGGCUGUUGUCGCGAUCGGGGACAUGCUGCUGGAUCUCAAUCGGCUCUCGAUGACUGAGCUCGCUCCGGAGGACGAUUCGGACUGGGACUUCGUCGCUGUGGAUCAGAUCGUUGCUGAGGGCAAGUGGAGUGGUCUACGCAAGAAGGUCCAGGGCUUGCUCCGCAAGGACAACGACGCGCUGCAGAAUCAUCCGCUGCGUGAUGAGAUCGUGAUCCCUCGUGAUGAUUCGAUGAUGUCGCUGCCUCUGAUCGAUCCGAUCGGGGAUUACACGGAUUUUUAUGCUUCGCUCUAUCACGCGACGAAUGUCGGGUCCAUGUUCCGUCCUGACAAUCCGCUGCUCCCAAACUACAAGCACAUCCCGAUCGGAUACCACGGCCGAGCGUCGUCGAUCAUUCCUUCAGGAACCUCGAUCAAGCGUCCGGUUGGUCAGCAGGCGCCUGCGGAAGAAGGUGGAUCUCCGAGCUUUGGUCCUUGCAAACUGCUCGACUAUGAGAUGGAGAUGGGCGCGUUCAUCGGACGCGGAAACAAGCUUGGUGAGCCGAUCGAUAUCAAGGAUGCGGAAGACCACAUCCUUGGGUUGUGUAUCUUGAAUGAUUGGUCGGCGCGUGAUCUUCAGAAGUGGGAGUAUGUCCCGCUUGGGCCGUUCCUUGCGAAGAACUUUGCGAGCACGAUCUCGCCGUUUAUUGUGACGAUGGAGGCGCUGGCGCCGUUCCGUUGUGGGGCGCAGGAGCGGGAUGCUGGUGAUCCUCAGCCGCUGGGUUACAUGGACAGCGACGAGAAUCGCAAGAGCGGCGGAUUUGAUAUCACGGUUGAGGUUUGGCUCGCGUCUGAGAAGAUGCGUGAGCAGGGGAUGGAUCCGAUCAAGCUCUCGAAGGGCAACUUCAAGGAUAUGUACUGGACUGUGGCGCAGAUGGUCACGCAUCACUCGGUCAAUGGUUGUAAUCUGCAGCCAGGUGAUCUGCUCGGAUCUGGAACAAUCUCUGGGACGACGCGUGACUCGCGUGGUUCGAUGCUCGAGUUGACCUGGGAUGGUGAUCCGUUCGCAAAUCCGCCGAUCUCGGUGCCAGGGACACAGCGGACUCCGAUUGUGUUGCCAACUGGCGAGGAGCGGAAGUUCAUUGCUGAUGGUGACGAGAUCAUCAUGAAGGCGUACUGCGAGCGUGAGGGAUAUCGGCGCAUUGGUCAGCGUCUGACGCUUAAAUAUUGGCUGCUCCUGAUCCUGAUGAUCGGGUUCUUUGUCGUUGUCGGCGCUGAGAGCGUGAUUCGGUUUCUCAACGAACCAACAAGCGGGGACUUUAAACAUUUCUAUUACGCCGCAUACGGUGUGGUGCACGAUCAGAAUAUCUAUACCUCUGGAGAGCCGUUUACUGGAGUGCACUGGUACGCGUAUUUCCCUUUGUUUGCGGUGGUGCUGUCGCCGUUGGUGUGGAUGGGACUGGGAGGCGCGGGCGCUGCGUGGAGCGUGAUCAAUACGCUGCUCAUCGUGCUGUGCGUGUAUAUCGCGGUGCGCGAGUCCAUCACCCGGCUCGGGAUGAAAGCAAAUGCGAACCUGCUGGUGGGUGUGUCGUUCCUUGUUGUGCUCGUGUUCAUGGACAAGCUCCGCAGCGAGGUUCGGAUGGGGCAGUCCGAUGCAUUUGUGAUGAUCUGGAUGAUGCUCGGACUCAUGUGGAUCGCAAAGCGACCGAUCCUUGCGGGCUUUAUGCUUGGGGGAUCGGUGAAUGUGAAGCUGCAGGGGAUUGUGUUUCUGCCGUAUCUGAUUGCUCGGGGGCGUGUGAAGAAUCUGAUCGGCUUUGUGCUGGGGACGGUAUUCUUUGCGAUGUUCGGCGCAUUGAUCUGGGGAUUCGAUCGCAACAUGGAGUAUCUCGGUACUGUGCUCGGGUGGGUCGGCGGCUUGGUAGGCGUGGAGCAAACGAACGCCGCGAUCGAGUCGGGGUUGUAUCCGCUCGAGUGGGAGCGGAGCGUAACGAUCCCCAGCGUGCUCGCGCGUGCGCAGAUCCACUGGGGACUCAGCGAAUCGGUUAUCAAACUCGGGACACUCGCGAUGAUCGGUCUGAUUGUCGCGGUGGGAUGGAUGAUGUACCUCAAGCGUGGUGUGUCGCUGUUCAAGGGACGAUCGGUCAAGCAUGACGAUGCGAGGGCUCGCGGGCGUGGGCUCGUUGGGUUCGAAUGGGCGGGGUUGAUUGUCGGGAUGUUGAUCUUCUCACCGCAGUCCACGGUGCGUCACUUCUUCCUCGCGAUCAUCGUCGUCGCGCUUGCGUCGGCGGUUCUGCACACAAAGAUCCCGAAGAAGCGGAAAAUCCCGGUCGGGAUCUUGUUGUUUCUGUUCUGGGUCUCGAUGACCUUCCCGCCUGGCGGGGAGCAGUACGAGCAGCUCACGAUGCAAUGGAGGGCGAUCGGCGGUGCGAUGUGGGCGCUGCUCGCGUUGUUCUUCACCACGCUCUGGGUGGGGCUCGGAAUCGUCCGAGAACUCCCAGACAAUGGGCAAAAUUCUGAUCUCAAGUGGGACGCUCUGGUGAAGUCUGCUGAAUCGAACAAGCUUGUGUCGAUCAUCGUGCCUUGUUACAACGAGGAAGAGGUCCUCCCUGAGUUCUACAAGCGGAGCAUUGCGGCGGCGGACGCGAUCGAGGGUUGGGACCACGAAUGGGUCUUCGUUAACGACUGCUCCUCGGAUCGGACCUCCAACAUACUCGCGGCACUCGCGGUCAAUGACAGCAGGGUCAAGGUCAUCAACCUCGCGCGCAAUCGCGGGCAUCAGGUCGCGGUGACAGCUGGGCUGGACUUCGCCCACGGCGAUGCGGUGGUGAUCAUCGAUGCUGAUCUACAGGACCCUCCUGAGGUCAUCGCUCGGAUGCUCGGACUGAUUGAUGAAGGGUUCGACAUCGUCCACGCGCAGCGGACACAGCGUCCCGGCGAGACGAAGUUCAAACUCUGGACGGCAAAGUUGUUCUACGCGAUGCUUCGCAAGAUCGGGGAUGUGAAGGUUGUUGAGAACGCGGGGGAUUUCCGCUGUGUGACCAAGCCGGUCGCGGACACGAUGCGUGCGUUUCGUGAGCCUCAUCGUUUCUUGCGUGGGAUGUUCACGCAUCUGGGAUUCGAGCAGUGCAUCCUGCAGUAUGAUCGGGAUGUGCGUCAUGCGGGCGAGAGCAAGUAUCCGUUCAUGAAGAUGCUCAAGCUCGCAGCGGAUGCGGUGUUCAGCAUGUCCUCGGCUCCGAUACGCUCGAUCAUGUGGGCCGCGGGUCUGACCUGGGGUUUGGGUCUUGCGUAUCUGGUGUAUUCGAUGAUCGUGUUCUUCGUGAGCGGGAUCAACGAGCCGGGCUGGACCUCAGCGGUGUUCCUCAUGACGAUGUAUACGGGAUUGAUCUUGAUGUCGAUCGCGGUGAUCGGUCAGUAUGUGGGGCGCGUGUUCGAGCAGGGGCAGGGGCGACCGCUCUACUGGGUGUCGCAGACGCACAACAUCGAUCCCAAGCGGUUCAAGCAGAAGAUCCCAGAGGUCGCGCUCGCGAAGCGGACCGCGAUGGGUGAUCGGGUCGUGGAUUCAUCGACGAUCAGCGAACCCAAGGUGUUUCUCGCGAAGCGUCCUGUCGAUGGUUGGGCAUCGGCUCAACUGGAUCAUCCGGUGAGUUCACAAUCCGAGCAUGGUUCGUUUCUUGAUGCGUAUCCCGACGGGAUCGAGCAUCACUACUGGUCGAUCGCACGCAAUCGCAUCAUCCAGAACUUGGUCUCGCAACACGCGGAUAUCCAAGCGCCGAUAUUGGAGAUCGGAUGCGCGCGAGGGGUCGUCACGCAGUCUCUCCGGGAUCAGGGAUUCGACUGUUGGGGUGUGGAUCUUGAGCGGUCUCCGGCGAUGAAUGAUCGGAUCGGGAAGUAUCUCCAGACAGGCGUGGAUUUCUUUGAUCUUGAUUCGGAUUGGAUCGGACGCUUCAAGACGAUCCUAAUGCUCGAUGUGCUUGAGCAUAUCGAGGAGCCGGAUGAGUUCUUGCAGGCCGUGAUGGAUCGAGCCCCUUCAUUGGAGCGGGUGAUCGUGACGAUGCCGGCGCGGAUGGAGCUCUGGAGCAACUACGACGAGCAUUACGGGCAUUACCUCCGAUACGACCGAUUCUCUAUGCAAACGCUCGCUGAGCGAGCUGGAUUGCGGCUGAAAUCAUGUGGAUACGCUUUCAGAGCAUUGCUCGCGGCGGGGUGGAUCACGGGCAAGCUCGGGAUGAAGCGUUCGACGAUCAUCCAUCCGCCGAGCGGAUUGAUGCGUCCUGUGCAUGGUAUGAUCGCGGGAGUGAUGUCUUUGGAGUAUGCUCUACUACCUGAGCAGGUCGCGGGAUCUUCGAUUUACGCGCAACAGACACUUGAGAAACCGAUCUUCGAGAAACAUGAGUCGACGGAGUCGAUCCAUGAGCAUGAGGCCGCGUUCCAUGACGAGUGGGCGCAGUCGACUCCGAUCGAAGAUAUCAAUGUGUAUGAAGCGUUUGAGUCCCCCACUGCUCCGGAGAAUCAGUUCAUUUUGAAGAUGAUGGGUGAUCUGAAUGGGAAGAAGCUGCUCGAUGUCGGCGCCGGGCUUGGGGAAUCAUCGGUGUACUUCGCGCUCAAGGGCGCGAAGGUCACGACGAGCGACAUCUCGCAAGGGAUGGUGGAUAAAGCGAUCGAGCUCGGAAAGCACCACGGCGUAGAGCUCGAUGGGCUUGUCGCGGCGGGUGAGACGAUCGAUGUUCCUGAGGGGACCUUUGAUCUGGUGUACAUCGCCAACACAAUCCAUCAUGUGACGGAUAAACGCGCGAUGUACGAGCAGGUGCUUCGGGCGCUCAAGCCUGGUGGUCGGGUGUUUACCUGGGAUCCGCUCGCGUACAACCCGGUCAUUAAUGUGUAUCGGAACAUGGCGACGGACGUGCGGACUCCGGAUGAAGAGCCGUUGACCUUCAAGGAUGUUGAUCUGCUCGGAGAGUACUUCGAGGAUGUCCAGCAUCGCGAGUUCUGGAUUGCUUCGCUGGUGCUGUUCUUGAAGUACUACCUGAUCGAUUCGGUCAAACCCAAUGACGAUCGGUACUGGAAGCGGAUCUUCAAGGAGGAUCCGAAGAAACUUUGGUGGUGGAAGCCGCUCGCGGCGAUGGACAAUGUCCUCGGAAGGACUCCGCUGGUCCGGCGGAUGGCGUGGAACAUGGUGAUGUUCGGGACCAAACCCAAGAACUGA